CUGUAAGCUUAGCUUUUAAUUCUUUGAGCAUACACAGAUCAAAUCAUUGUUUUCAGCAAUGGUGAUUUUUAGAUUUUUUUUUGGCUUGCUUUGUUUUAAAUGUUCCUAUUGUUGUUGUGUUUUUGCUGUGAUUUAAAUGUUCUUUUGAUUCUUUUUUUUUUUUUUUCGAAUGCCCAGUCAGUACUUGGUUGAUUGGUUUUGCUCACUGAAUGUAUUUGAUGAUAAAUUUUAAAUUGAUAACUCUAUUACUGCUUUACUGUCUGUUUCUGUAGUUAAAUUUUAUUAAAGUUUCUUGAAUUUGCACUGCCUAUGUUAUUGAUUUACUGUUCCUUCAUUGCUUUUUUUUUUGUUGUUAAUCAUUGUGAUGAGCUUUGUUAAAAUUGGGUUGAAAACUACUAAUCUUUCUUCAUUUUUCACUGUACUAACUUCUGUUCUUAUUAAAAGAUUUGCAAUUGGUGAUCUUUUGAUUUAUUAUAUGCUUCAUGUUUUCAUUGUUCUGUUCUUAUGAAGAAAAAUUUGCAAUUAAUGAUUGUACGAUUCAUGUUUUGAUUGUUUUGUUAUAUAAACAAAAUUCUGUUUUCAUUGUUUGGUUGCACUGUCCCUGUUCUUGAUCUCCGCCGACUUGCUACCCCUCCUCCGUGUUGGAUUCUUUUUGUUUCAGGCUUUGUUGUGUUUUUGUUUCAGCCUCUGUUGUGUUGUGUGUUUGUUUUGGGCACUGUUGUGUGUUUAUUGUGCAACACUUUUCAUUUUUUGUCUUACUUUUUGACUUAGCUACAUUAAGACAAUAUUCUCUAUCUUUAACUUGUGCAUUGUAAUUCAAUCCAGCUAUUUUUAAUGGAAGUUUAAUCAACAAUUUUGCAGCAAGUUAUUGCAUAUUUUGAUGAUUAAUUACAUUUAGUUGGUGAUAUUUUACGUAGGGUUUUAAAUUUGAAAGAUAUUUAGGAUGUUUAUUUAUAAUUUAUUUAUUAUUUUAUUAUGGAACGGUUUUGCCGGUUGAAUCACGGUUAGACCGGUUGGACCAGUAAACCAAUGAACCAGUGACUAAAACGGUUUGAUGACCGGUCCGGUUUUCAGAACCUUGGUUCUGACAACUAUGCCUCUGCCAUCUUAUUCUUUUUUGUGUUUAUCCACUACCGCACCCCAUUCUCUAUUCACUUACCUAGCAAUUCCCACUACUCCCAAAGUCCCUCCCUCUCCCCAUUUGAGCCUCUCUCAAAUAUCAGAACGGCGGCCACUUCUUUCUCUAGUGUUACUCCUAUAUCUUCACUGCGGCUUUUCUUAUGUGUUCUCUCUCCAUCGUCACUGUUGCUAUGUAAUGUCUCUCCAGCGAGGCUGCAACCUUUUAGCUAUCUGCUCUAUGACGAUUGGACGAAGGCUUAUCAUAUGAAGAAAAUUGUCAAGUCUUAUGGGUGUGGCUCGGUUUUCACCUGAUUGUUGGUAUUGAAAACAAAAAAAUAGAUAUAGGAUUAUGUCUUUCUUGGAGCUAUCUUCAUGUGGUAGAGGAAGCAAAGAUACUCUAGUUACUACAGAGAGCAUAAAGGAAGUGCAAGUGGAUCCUCUAUAAUGCUAGAACUUCAAAUUAAGCACUUUGCAAAAGGGGUUCAAAAUACAAAGCUAAAUACACUUACUCCUCUCAGGUAUAUGCUAAAGGCAACAUUUAGUGGAGCUGGUCAUCUAUGGCAUUUCGAUUUCUACCGCUUCUAGUGCAGUGUGCCAAAUUGAGGCACCCUUUUUCCUCCAAGCUUGGUUCCAUUUCCACAUCCCUCCACCAUCUUCCAGAUUCUUUCUUCUCGGAAGAACUGUUCCCUGAUCAACAAAAAACCAUUUCCAAUCUCGACGAACACCUCGUUCUUCAGCAAAUAUCGGAUCUCUUACCCAUAGUCAAAUGUGCAUCACAGAACACUAUCUUGAAAGACCAUGAAUCCAAAUCCGCAAGGGAACCCGUUGAUGGGUUUUUGUCACCGGAGGAGAAAUUGCGUGGUGUUUUUCUUCAGAAGCUGAAUGGUAAGGCUGCAACUGAACAAGCUUUAUCCAAUGUUGGUGUUGAUGUGAAUAUUGAUGUUCUCGGUAGGGUGGUGAACUCUGGGAACUUGGGUGGUGAAGCCAUGGUUGCAUUUUUUAACUGGGCAAUUAAACAGCCAAUGUUACCUAAGGACAUUGGUAGUUACCGUGUGAUUGUUAAGGCACUAGGAAGAAGGAAGUUUUUCAAGUUCAUGAUGGAGGUAUUAGAUGACAUGAAGGUUAAUGGCUUAGAAGCUGAUUUGUUACUGUUAUCUAUUGUUAUUGAUAGUUUCGUCAGGGCUGGUCAUGUGUCUAAAGCAAUUCAAGUGUUUAGUAACUUGGAUGAUCUCGGGUUGAGACGCAAUGCAGAUGCCUUGAUUAUACUCUUGUCGUGCCUUUGCCAACGGUCUCAUAUGAGUGCUGCAAGUUCUGUGUUUAAUUCAAUGAAAGGGAAAGUAUCUUUUGAUGUUACUACGUACAAUGUUGUUGCUGGUGGUUGGUCUAAGUUGGGUAUUGUGAAUGAGAUUGAGAGGAUUAUGAAGGAAAUGGAAGUAGAUGGAUUUCAUCCUGAUUGUAGGACUUUCAGUUUCCUUAUUGAGGGUUUAGGCAGAGCUGGCCGAAUUGAUGAGGCUGUUGAGGUUUUCGAUAAAAUGCAGGCGAAAAAUUGUCCACCUAAUACUGAGACUUAUAAUGCAAUGAUUUUUAAUUUUGUGUCGGUUAGAGAUUUUGAUGAGUCUAUGAAAUAUUAUAAAGCAUUGUUGAGUAAUAAUUGUGAGCCUAGUCUUGAUACAUACACAAGAAUUAUUACUGGCUUUUUGAGAGCUCGGAAGGUUGCUGAUGCACUCCAGAUGUUUGAUGAAAUGCUAAGGCAAGGAGUUGUUCCUUCUACUGGGAUGGUAACCUCCUUCAUCAAGCAUUUAUGCAAGUAUGGUCCACCAUAUGCUGCAUUAGUUAUUUACAAGAAGGCGAGAAAAUUAGGAUGUAUGAUAUCAAUGAAUGCUUAUAAGAUAUUGCUUAUGCGCCUAAUGAAGUUUGCGAAAUGUGGAAUGUUACUAAAUAUCUGGCAGGAGAUGCAAGAAUGUGGGUAUAAUUCCGAUAUUGAAGUUUAUGAGUGCAUCAUCACUGGACUUUGCAACAUAGGGCAGCUUGAAAAUGCGGUUCUUGUUAUGGAGGAGUCUUUGCAGAAAGGGUUCUGUCCAAGUAGGCUUGUAUAUAGUAAAUUAAGUAACAGGUUGCUUGCUUCAAAUAAAACAGAGAUCGCAUACAAGCUGUUUCUGAAGAUAAAGCAUGCUCGUUCCCUUAAAAGUGCAAGGAGCUUUUGGCGUUCUAAUGGUUGGCACUUCUGAACAGGCAUGCCAAUCAACAUCUCCUGCAGUAGAGCCUCUUGUUUGAUUUUAACACUAGUAAAUAACUAUAGCCAAGAAAAACAUUGCUAUACCAGUACAUACCAAGAAAUAGAUCACAUCUCAAAAUAUUACUAGUUUGCAGGUAUUGUAAUUAUUUAUUGUCGUGCUAUUUGUGGUGUAGACAGUAUUGCCAGAGUUUUAUUUAGCUAGAUGGUGUAGACAAGUUGAUGUUGUUCCAACUAAGGAUUUAUAAGUCAUGAAGUAGUAGUCAAUUUAAAGUACUUGUAUACAAAGUAGCAAAUAUUAUUAGAAUAAUGUUUUCCAAGUCACAUUAUGAGUUUUAUCUAUGGUAUACGAAGAGUUGUGCUUUUUGGAGUGGAAAACAUCUUUAAUCUAUAUGAUACACAGUGAAAAACUGUUAUUCUAGCCGAAUCCUUGACUAAAUAAAGUUGAGAUGUUUCCCAAGCUGUUUUACCUGUGUUUUUGUUUGUUUGACUAUGUAUAUGUGUUGUUGCAAGAUGACUUCCCUCGGUGGUACUAACUGGUGACUGGCCAAAAAUAUGGUUAAGGUAAUCCCCUCUCUAUUCUUUUGCAUAGUAAGUGUAAUCUUCAAUGGGAGAACAUGUUUGAACUCUAAACAACUAGGUUCCCUUUUAAGUUGCCAAUUUUUCUCAUUCUUGUGGUGAUUGUAUUCGGGUGAUUAUUUGAACUACUGAUUUUAAAGUGUACAAAAGUUGAUUGUUUGAAUAUCAAUAUGUCUUCCAGUAAAGGUAUUGUAGUAUCAUUUUGCAAUACACACGAUAAUUUAGUUGUCAUAUCAUUUCUUCUUUUCCAAUUGGCUUGUGUAAUUUUCUAGUAAGUUGUGCUAAAGAUGUGCACUUUAGAUCUAAGGAUAAAGCUAUUUGUACCACCAAAUUUCUCACCCAUGUUUUUAUACCUUACUUGAGGAGGUGUAGGUGGCAUGGGUUGAAGUGCAUGCACAUUUCUUCAUAUGCUUAUGCAUAGAUUUAGUUCAUAAUCCGUCUGGAUUGAUCGAAUGGUUUUCUGAUGUGGCAAGAUUUGAGUCGACUUUAUUUUUUCUGUAGUCAGAGUUAGAUGGACUAAUUGAAAAUUUUAAAUCACAGCAAGGUGAUUAAACUUUGUUCUAAUUUUGAAGUCAACUAAUUAUAAUUCUUUUUAUUUUGCUAUAUUUCACAUUACAUUAAGCAACCAAGCAUUGCUUAUCAGUUAUCACUACAUGAUUCAAGAACUGUGCAAGUAACACAGUGAUAACACCUUAGUUUACUUUUAUGUUCUCAGACUAGAAAUAUAAUAUAAUGCAUCACAUAUAAUUCACCAUUCUCAUGCAUUUGACACAUUGCUACUCUAAACUGUGUAGAAUUGCAUUUCACUUUCAAGUACUGGAAUAAUGUUAGUUUUUCCCAGAACUUGAUUGGACUGAAAGGUUAAUGUAUUCAUCAAUUUUGGGUACUCCAUAUUUUUUGAGAAUCUCCACUAAAUGGUACUGUUUAUUGGGUAUGCUUGUAUGUUAAACUUUGAAGAUAACUAGCAAAUUAUAAUUUGCAAGUACAAUGUUAUUUAUAGUGUAUUCAGCUUUAUUGUUAAAUGUUCGAUUCUCGCCUUGAGCAUAGAAGUCUGAUAACACAGGGCUAGCUGUCUCAUCCAUUGAUUUGCUUACAAGUCAGAGAGGGAUUAAUCACCAUGUUCGAUGGUAGAGACCAGGGACUAAAGAGACGAGCAAGCUCGUACAAACGGAAUUAUAUGCAGAUUGAUGUGAAGUUUGUAGGUAAUUAGCUCUUGACAUUUAUGAAGUAAGCAGCAGUACAAGUAAACCGCUGUUGUUCAAGUGCAUUUUUGUGUGUUCAAGGUGUCUGAUGCUUUAAUUGAUAUCACCACCUAUAUAUGUUGUAAAUAUUAUUAACACAUUGAUCUGUUAUGACUUUUCAAUUGUAUACCUCUGAGUUGUCACAAAUAGGAAUCAAGUGAAAUUUUUGAAGUGUGAUGCUGUGAGCAAUGUUACAUGGCCAAUGCAAUUUAUUGUUCUCGUCUAGUAGUUAACCAUUAAUAUUUAAAAGUGAGGCUAAAAGCAUUGAGUUGGGUUGUUGGACACUUUGGACUAAAGAAAUUGGAUUACUGGCUAAAAAUACCGAUCA